AAAAAAGGAGGCACAGUAGUUCUUGUUUAACCUCACAGUGGAGUAAGACAUGAGAGACACCAUGAUACCCUACAGGAGGAGUCUUUACUGUGUUUUGCUGGUGGCACUAAUAGGUGCACCAGGUUUGGAGGCCUGGGAGCAGAUUUCCUGGACCGGUGAGGUGACGGCUGGUUUCAGCACCACUUUCACCUGUUCCUCUUCCUGCCGCCCAAACUGCACCUACACCUGGACCUUCGAGGGCCGCACAGUCAACGGGAGCACGUUAAUUUGGGCACCGAAUGGACUGGAAAAUACGGUGGUGUUACAGUGUAACGUGCUCAAUCCAGAAACAGGAGUCUCCAGCAGUAUGAGCUCCGUUGUAGAGAUUAAAAAUCGAGUGUCUGUGCAGCUCAGUCCACGAAACACUGUCCCAUCUCUCGACCGGCCACUGGACCUGGUCUGCCACGGUGCUCCAUCAGGUGACCCCUCACACCUGGAGAAUGAGGUGGUCUGGUACAAAGACGGACAGAAGGUGACCCUGCGUGAAAAUAUGCAGCUGCUGCAAAACAACCUCACACUUCACUUUGACUCACCGCUGCCCUCUGACGCUGGAUUCUACCUGUGUGAGAGUUCCGUGCCGACGCUUCAGCAGAUGAGAGUUUUCAGCCUGGGGUAUCUGCUCAGCUUUGAUCCGUGGGUCGUCAGCAUCAGCGGACGUGACACAGUGUUUCCUGGCAGAUUGAAUAAAUUCACCUGCUUGACGAGCUGUACCUUGAACGUGGACUGUACAGUCAGGUGGGAGUUCAGGGACGGUUUCCCCACCGGAACCUACUUUGCUGUCCAUCAAAAUAAGCUCCUGUGGACCCCUUCCAUACCGGGUACUGUCCAAAACUUCACCUGCAUAGCAGAAAAUACAGCUGUUGGACGCUCUGCUGAGGCCACCAAGAUGGUAGAAGUUAAAGGUGUUCCUGUCUCUGGAUCAGAGGCUGUGCCGCUCUGUGGACUGUUAACAAUGAUCGUCAGCGUGGGACUGCUGGUGCUUUUUGAUCCAUAGAGCUUAAACCUUUUUAAGCUUUAAUGAUUGUUUUUGCUGUUUUUGAAAUGUAUUUAUUUGCCUUUCUCUCUCCCAUAACACUAUGUUUAAUUUACAAUAUAAUAAUGAUAUAAUCUUCAUUCAUAACCACUUCUCAAAACAGAGUUACAAAGUGCUUUACAUGUCAAUAAUUAAAACAGACAAGGCAUGAAAACUUUUAAAAGAACUAAUAAAAACACAUGGUAUUUAAAAACUUAGGAAAUGACAGUCUAAAUGAACUUAAAACUUAAGUAGAAUCAGGGAAGGCUCUCUGAUUUUAAGUAUGUUUUAAGAAGGGACUUAAUCACUGACUCUAGGCUGUUCCAGUACAUCCUGGUGUGUAUACGGCACUACCAGGUCGGAGACAUAGCUGGGAGAGGGACCAUGAAGAGCCUUGAAAGUAAUCAGUAAAACCUUCAAAAUCUAUUCUACAACAUACUGGGAGCCAGUGUAAGGAGGCUAAAACUGGAGGGGUGCUAUCAUGUUUAAACACACUGGUUUUUCCAUUUUAAUAGACCAGCUUCAUGUCGUCAUCAAAUAUUGUGUACCCUGAAAUCCUGUAAAUAUAAGUGACAAAAUAUCUGCCAUGAAACAAAAUGAAAUGUAAGUGUGUGUAUAUACGUUUUUUUUAGGAAAACAGUUUAAAAUUGUGGGCUAUAAAACCCCAUAAUGGCACAGUUCCAAUCAAAAUACUAAUAUAUUUGACCAAUAUUUCAUAGUUAGUCAUAUACUUGACAGUGUACUCCUUUUACACAGUAUUAUUUAUAUAUCUUUCUCAUUGUUUGCAACAGCAGCAUCCAAAAUUAAUGUGAACCACAGGACUGCAAUAACAGAGUUUAUCCAUUUAAUGUGUCACCUGUUUUUCACCUGGUUACAUUUGACAGUGAAUGUCAAAUGUAACCUGAUGCAUACAAAGGCUCAGCACAAAUUUAUGGUGUAAUUUAAUUAAUAUACACACACAUACAGAGCUGCAGUAUUUUUUUACUACAGUGGAAUUUUCCAUUGUAUGUGUUAAAUAGUUUUAUGAAAGAUACAGUGACAUAGUUUUUAACUGUUGUCAUUUUCAUGGUGUUUGAGUGUUCAGCUGCCGUCACAUCCUGUUAAAAAAUGCUAACAUUUUGUAUUAUUAAAGGUCCAGUGUGUUGGAUUUAGGGAAAAGUUACUGGCAGAAAUGCAAUAUAAUAGAAUCAGUAUGUUUUCUUUAGUGUAUAAUCACCUGAAAAUAAGUGUCGUCUUGUUUUUGUUACCUUAGGAUGAUACAUUUUUAUCUACAUAGGGAGCUGGUCCCCAUCCACAGAGAUCACCAUGUUGCACCAUCAUGUUUCUACAGUAGCCAAGAACAGACAAACCAAGCAGCAGCCUCUUGGAGAGAAAGAGACCUCUAUGGAUAAUCUGUCUCUGUAAAAACCUCCUGAACAAUGAAUUCUCAACAAAUCCUAACUAGGAGUUCAUGCUUGACUCACAGAAGUCUCAGCUGGUCACCUGUAGAUGCCAGGAAAUCUUACAUACCGCUCUUGUUUUAUAAAUAAUAUCUCUGAUGGUGACACAUUUGUAAACCUUUUGUCGACACCGUUGCUGACUCUUGGUGUUUCCCAGCAUCAUGAGACAUUGUUUGACUUGAAGUUGACCUCUGACCUGGAUGUGUUACUAAUUCACUUUUUGUGAAGUCACCUUCUAUGUAGAGAAUAACUGACUUAUUAUACGGAUGUGUUUUUAAAGUGGCUGUGGUUAGUGACACACCAAUACCCCUCUUAGCCUCCUGAAACUGAACAAAUAAGACAGAUAAGAGAGUCACACAGAGCAAACACACGAGGGAGACAGAGGCCUCUGGUUGCUCUUGCAGCUGUCCUGUGACGCAACAACAUAAUCCAUCUCUUUUUGUUUGGUGUUGUCUCACCUGUUUCAUAUUAUUUUAGACCUCAGGUUUGGUUGGAAUGAGGAAGCAAAACUAAGAAACUAUUUAAAACUGUUCAUGUUAAAGCAACCACAUAUAAAGGUCUCCAUUCGACAGCAGAGCAAAGCUGAAGCUUCAUUCAAGUUUUAGUCGAAACAUCACAAACUAUAUAGGAACAAAAGAUGAAUUUCAGGCACUCAUGCGUGAGGCAGGAACAAAUGCGUUUGAAUUCAAUUAAAAAGACUUUAUUUCAAAUACAUGGCUGCUGACUUUAAAAACAUCAACCAGUCUUCGUCAGGGUGCAAACUAUAUGUUGUAAAUGUAUAGUCGUGGUAAAACAAAAUACAAAGACAACGAUUACAUGGCAUAUGUCAGUGGUAUAAUAUCUAUGAUUAACUGCACAAAAACUUGGACUCGCUUCUGUCCGUCAUUGAAAUGUUAAUGAUACUGAUUCUGUGCUCGUAAAGUAAAUCUCUCUAUUGUAUAUAUUUUCUUCUUUUCACUUGUUUUUAAUGAAAUAUGGCAUAUAAUAUAUGUUAUAAAAUGUUUCUAUGAUCUACAACUCUACUAGAUGUACUUUGCUCUUACCCAGCUGCACUAAAAUAUCUGUUUACUUUGAUCUUGGGGAGAAAAACAACAUCUUUUACCAUUCUUUUUUUUAUUUGCUUUUAUUUUCUUGGCUUUUCAAUUCUUAUUCUUUACUUUGUACCUCUCAGUUGUAGGCAUGGCAUGCUAUUCACUUCCCAAAGGGGGGCACUGUUCUCUCAGUUAACAAAAUUAAGUCCUUAUUCAGCUUUCUUUCACUGCACUGUAUGUGUUUCAGUGUAAUUCACUCAGAAUAA